UAACAAUUACAAUAUUUAAUUGUUAUAGUAGAAAUUAACAAAAAAUUCUAGGAAAUAAUUUGAACUGCAAAUUGGAUACAUCGACCGUGCGACGUGUCAAGUAUUUGUCAACAGCAUUAACGUUUGCGGGAGGAAGCUUGAGCUCCGGAACGCUUGUUCGUUCAGUCCACGGAACCACUACGACCGUAAUCGUUGACGGACUGUACACAAGCCAGCGUGAGUUGGUAGAACAAAUGACAUCUGGUUUAGAAUAGCUUCUUGCACUGUCCUCAUGCUGAUUGGAAAUUCUGGCACAUUGGCUGUCAGGUGUUGCAUUGUCAAACCCUUGGCUUGUCUUUUUACCAGCACCAGCAACAUGGCAAAGAGCAAGUUUGAAUAUGUCCGAAGCUUUGAGACAGAUGACACUUGUCUAAGAAACUGCUACAUUGUUGUGAGACUAGAUGGCCGAAACUUCCACAAGUUUGCAGCGCAGCACAAUUUUACAAAGCCCAACGAUAACAGAGCCUUGGGCCUGAUGACCAGGAGUGCUCGCUCUGUCAUGGAGGAGCUUGAGGAUAUUGUCAUUAGUUAUGGUCAAAGUGAUGAGUUCAGUUUUGUUUUCAAGAGGACCUCCACCUGGUUCAAGAGGAGAGCCAGUAAACUCAUGACUCACGUGGCCUCUCAGUUCUCCUCCUCAUAUGUGUUUUACUGGAAGGAGUUUUUUGGCGAACAGCCCCUUCUGUACCCACCUGGUUUUGAUGGACGCGUGGUCUUGUAUCCAAGCAACCGCAACCUUAGAGACUACCUGAGCUGGAGACAAGCAGAUUGUCACAUAAACAAUUUGUACAACACAGUGUUUUGGACAUUAGUACAGAAGGGAGGACUCACUACAGUCCAAGCAGAGGAUCGUCUAAAGGGAACAUUAGCUGCAGACAAAAACGAGAUCCUAUUCUCAGACUUUGACAUCAACUACAACAAUGAAUCUGCUCAGCACAGGAAGGGAACCGCUCUCAUCUGGGAAAAGCGCGAUGAAACUGUCACAAAACGCAUGAAGGUCCCAAAUGAAGAAGAGAAGGAUGUGGCUGUGACUCGCAGCAGGAGGAGAGUGGAAGCCCACCACUGUGACAUCAUAGGAGACCAGUUCUGGGAGGAUCACCCAGAAAUCCUGGAGGACGACAGCUGCUAACAGGGCCUCUGCUGCUGUAGAGACUAAUGCUGAACCCACACAUGGUUGCAACAGUUAAGAUGGGCCCAUAUAAGCAGCAAUUCACAGAACUGUCCUGUAACUUACAUAACAGCUGAAAGAUCGUUUUAAACUGACCCCUUUGAUUUUUGAAUUUGUAUGAUUACGCUCUCGUAGCCGGAACAUCUUCAUAGCUUAAUGUAAUAAACUUCUUUCAUAUCGUUUUGUUAAAA